AUGGCGGAGCCACACUCCACCACCACCGCCUCUCACCCACCUCAAUUCUAUGAAACCCUAACCUCCAGUUCUCCUUUCUCUUCCACUGAUCUCCGCCGCGACACCGAGCCUCCUAAACCGGCCGAUCACGACGGCGAUGAGCCGCUCUCGUCGCUCUGUAUUCCCGGUUCGAAACUGGUCCGAACCGGGUCCGUACUCUCCGCUUGCUCAGAUAAUGAGCCUGUGAUGUUUGUGAAUGCUGGAGGGGAGGGUUUAUUGGAAACUAGUAAUGUCGGUUUUCAAGUCGAGGGUGACAAGUUUUUCCAAGGAGGGAAUGUUAUAAGAACUGAUGAAGCUAUUGAAGGGAGUGAUAUGCCGUCCAUUUAUCAAUCUGCACGUUUUGGGAAUUUUGCUUAUCGGUUUGAGAAUUGGUGUCCUGGAGAUUAUUUUGUGGAUCUUCAUUUUUCGGAGAUUGUAUACACCAAUGGUCCGAAAGGGAUGAGGGUGUUUGAUGUCUUCAUGCAGGAAGAGAAGGUUAUGUCUGAAAUUGAUAUAUAUUCUGUCAUUGGAGCAAAUAAGGCACUACAGGUGGUAGAUGUCAGAGUGUCUGUGGGGGAGGAUGGGGUACUCGUAAUAAGGUUCGAAGGAGUGAAUGGAAGUCCAAUAGUUAGUGGAAUUUGUAUAAAGCGGCCAAGAUUAUCAGCAUCAAAGGUGAAUUGUGGAAAUCUUGUGUGUAACAAUUGUGCUGCUGAGAUAGAAAUCUCAUCUGGUCAGGAAAAGUAUAUAAGGAUGCAGUUCAUUGCCAAGUAUGAAAAGAAGAUAGAAGAGCUUAAGACCUGGUUUCAGCUGAAGACAGAUGAAUGUCAUGAAGCUUGGAUGUCACUGACAACAGCAAAUAAACAGCUACAGGACAUCACCAUGGAACUCGAUAACAAGUCAUAUACAAUUCAUUGUCUAGGUCAAGCGAGAGAAGAAACUGAAGCAAAAUUCAGAGAUAUCUCUGGCAAAUAUGAACAUGAUAAGAGGAUGUGGACUGCAGUCGUUGACAAAUUAGAAAGGGGAGUUAGAUUGAUGAAGCAAGAAUAUUAUCAGCUGUACUGUGAAGUGCACAAGUGUGCUGAUGCAGUUCCAGAAUUGAGCAAUAUGGUAUCUGCAGUUCAAGCUAUGGUCACACAGUGCAAGGAUCUUAAGUUUAAGCUAAGCGAGGAGCAGGCAAAGAGGAAGAUACUUUAUAACCAAAUUCAGGAGGCAAAAGGGAACAUCAGGGUGUUUUGUCGGUGUCGUCCAUUAAGGAAAGAGGAGUCACCAGCUGGGCAUGCAACUGUUGUACAGUUUGAUGCAGCCAAGGAUGGAGAGCUUGGUAUAAUUUCAAGUGGCUCCAAUAAGAAGAUAUUCAAAUUUGACAGAGUUUACACACCAGAGGAUGAUCAAGCCGAUGUAUUUGCAGAUGCUUCGCCUAUGAUAACUUCAGUAUUAGAUGGCUACAAUGUUUGUAUCUUUGCAUAUGGUCAAACUGGGACAGGAAAGACAUUCACAAUGGAAGGUCCUGAGUCUAACAGAGGGGUCAACUAUAGAACCUUGGAACAGCUGUUUAUAGCUGCUGAGGAGAGGAAAGAAAUUUUUACAUACAACAUAUCUGUUAGCGUGCUUGAGGUCUAUAAUGAGCAAAUCAGAGACUUGCUAGCCACCUCUUCAACAUCCAAAAAGUUGGAGAUGAGGCAAUCUUCUGAAGGCACUCAUCACAUGCCUGGACUUAUUGAAGCAAAAGUUGAGAACAUUAAAGAGGUCUGGAGAAUUCUGCAAGCUGGAAGCAAUGCAAGGGCAACAGGAUCAAACAAUGUGAACGAACAUAGCAGCCGAUCUCAUUGCAUACUUUGCAUAAUGGUAAGAGCAAAGAAUAUGAUGACUGGCAACUGCACCAUGAGCAAGCUUUGGCUUGUGGACCUUGCUGGCAGUGAGAGGCUGGCAAAAACAGAAGUUCAAGGGGAACGUCUUAAGGAAGCUCAAAACAUCAAUAGAUCUUUAUCAGCUCUUGGUGAUGUUAUCUCUGCUUUGGCAGCUAAGAAAAGCCACAUUCCUUAUAGGAAUUCCAAGCUCACACGUCUACUUCAAGACUCCUUGGGUGGAGAUGCUAAAACUCUGAUGUUUGUCCAAAUUAGCCCUUCAGAGCAGGACCUGAAUGAGACUUUAAGUUCUCUAAACUUUGCAGCACGGGUUCGAGGGGUUGAAUUAGGUCCUGCAAAGAAGCAGGUGGAUACUGGUGAGGUUCAAAAGCUAAGAAACCAGAAUGACAAGCUAAAGCAAGAGUUGAGAUCUAAAGAAGAUGCUCUCCGAAAAGUAGAAGAAAACUUUCAGAAUCUGGAAAAUAAGGCAAAAGGUGAUUAUCAAAUGUGUAGAAGCCAACAAGAUAAGAUCGAUGAACUUGAAAAGCAAAUUGCGUUGAAGAUCGAUUUAUCCAGACGACUAGAAAACCAGUUGUUACAAGCAAAUGAAAAGGCAGAAGCUUACUUGGAUCUUCAAAGAAAGGUCAAGGAGCUUGAGCACAAGCAGAAAGAAAAUGAGCAUGCAUAUCCCAUGAUUCUUCAUGAGAAGGUGAAAGACCUUGAGAACAAGUUGAAAGAAAGAACUCGAGAGCUUGAGCAUCAUUCAGCAGUUGCUCAAUGGAAGGUUCAAGAACUUGAAGAAAAGUUGGCAAUGAAAGAGAACAACAAAGGGUUUCAGUUGCUUCAACAAAAGGUGAAAGAGCUUGAAGAAAAGUUGAGAUGGCACGAACGAGAACGUGCAUCAUUAGCAUUUUCUACCGAGAACUCAGAAGCCACCCCCAUUCAAACAACAUGCUUGAGACAUGAGACUGUUGGCGAUGUCAAUCCCCUGAGUCAAAGGAGCUUCAGCUAUAUUAAUCAAAUGACAGACCAUGGGUCUGCCCUGCUCAAAGUUCCUGAAUCACUUCACGAGAUUAGGAGAAAAAGAGAGUUCCAAAGCAAAGGACAUGAGAAUUUCGUACAGCCUGCUACAUUGACUGAUGGGAAGAUGUUUUCGGGUGAACCAAAUAGAGGAAAGUCCGGUACACAUAAAGCAUUGGCUAGGAUCACGAGAAGUAUAAAACCAGGAACUACUCAAAAAUCAUACCCUAACAUCAGAAAUGAUAGAGAUCAGGUUCCAUCAGUCAAGUCAAGGAUCUGGUUGAGAUAAAAGCAAAGCUUCAUCACACUAGUUUACACUAUAUCGGUGUUUGUAUCGACCUUUUUGUAAGUAAAUGAUUGAGGAAUACAAUCCAAGACAUGAUGGCAUUUCAUGAAAAAGUGACUUCUUCACCAAAGAAUCACACCGAUAGCCAAGUUCGUAUUAAGUUACUCAAUCCAAGACAUAUUUUUGAUCA